UAUCACUGUCAGUAGUGAAACAACCGUCGCGGUGCACACUUCGUCUCUCCUCAAAGGUUUUCGUGUGCGACUUGAGUUUUGACUAGUGUCGAUUUGUUUUUUUCGUUUUCACUGUUUCUUUCGUACUUUUUUUUUGUUUUAUUGUUGUUGUUCUAUUUUGGUUCGGAUUUUUUUUUUUCGUUCAUUUUAUAAUCAAUCGGUGAUAAUUUUCUCAACACACAAAUCGUUCGUACGAGUGUGUUUCGUGUGAUAAGAUACGCGCUUUUGUGGGACAAGAAGACAUUUUCAGUGAAACGUACCGGGCGGCGGCAGCAUUUCGGCCAAACAUUUCAUCUGGCAACCCCAGUUUUAUGGGAGACUCUCGAGAGCUCGGUCGUCUGUCAUUCUGACCUUGUUUGUUUUGAGCUUGCCAGCGCGGUAUCAUCUCUUGCUCUAUCCACCCCAGCCUGCUGUGUGAGGAGGCUCAGUGUAUGAAUGUGUAUGGUUUUGAUUAAGGGGCUGCCACUGCUGGGAAAAACAAGAAAAGAGAGAGGAGCACUGUGGUGAGAGAAAGAGAACAGUGCCGCCAGUGGUGGAUUGUGUAUGUUGGCGAGCAGUUUUUGGAGUAAAUCGGAGCGAAUCUGACACUUUGGGAGGAAAAACGCUCCCAGCGAAAAAGGAAAAGCGCAAGGAUCGAGAGUUUAGUGCAUAGGAAGAGAACACAAGAAGCGAAAACGGAAAUUUCGCUGCACAGAAACGGAGCUCAAGUGUUAUUUAGUGUUUAUAUAGUUUAAUUCCGCAAAACCCUAGUGAGACAAUAGAUUUCGUUGGAUCCGGGAACCCAUCCAACGCUAUCCAAGAUGAAUAAGCUGGACUACGAUGUAGAUUGCUUAGAAAUAAGUGACGACCUGAUAAGCAUGGCCGAGGACAAUACGCUAGGUGACUUUUCACAUAUCGACGAUGAACUGCAGUUUGUAAAAAAUGACGGAAUGCUAGCACUCAGAUUAAUCCAAGUGGCAGAUAGUUUAGACUCACCAAACUUUAUCACAGGAUCACCAGCUAAUUCCUAUCCAACGCUAACCAACUCCAGCAACGAUCCUAAUCAAUGCUCAUUCUUUGUGAUCAAGAAAAACAAUGACAAUGCCAAGCAGGACCGCCGACCCUCCGUCAACAUCAGCAGAACUGGUCCCCGGCCUGCGGACUGCCCCAGUGACUCGAACCUCAACAGAAAGGGAAAAACUCAUCACCAAACUGACGACAAACGAGGAGUGAAAGAGCAACGAGAUGACCGACGACGAGCCAACCACAACGAAAUCGAGCGACGACGGCGGGACAAGAUCAACAACUGGAUCCACGAGCUGAACAAGAUCAUCCCGGCGGAGCAUAUGAACAGCCCGCCGUCGGACUCGCAGCAAAACAAGCAGAACGGUGGCACCGGCGACAACCUCUCCAAGGGUGGCAUCCUGGCCAAGGCCUGCGAGUACAUCACCCGGUUGAAGGACACCAGCGACAAACUCACCGAGUGCCUUGCCGAGAAGGACCAGAUCCUGCUGGAGAAUCUGCAGCUCAAGGAGAGCAUAAACCAGCUGCUGACGGAGAACAAGCGGUUACAGUCGGAGCUGCAGUUUGCGCUCGCCACCAACGUCAAGAUCGAGUCGUAGCCAUCGUCAAACAGUCAUUACCAUGUUAUCAUAGUUUAAAUUACACACACGCAACUGUAUAAUAGGUAUUAGGGAGGUGUGAGCGGAACGAGUGAGAAAGAAAGUGAGUAACUUAGAAAAAAAAAAACACAUUAACGAAUGUUGUGCGCGCGAAUCAAACUCAAUCCACCGCGCGCCAGAAACGGAAUCAGUAAGUUGUAAGUAUUCAUCAUCCGAGUUGAUUAUUCGAUCAAUUUACCAUAAAGCGUUAUUUGUUAAACUAUUAUUGCACGGAUCGAACCAGACAUAUACAUACAUACAUACGAACGAAACUGUUGUGAGCCGCAAGAACGGAGGAACGGAAAAGCCAAACAUAUGAAGAAGAAGAAGAAGAAGUGUCACACACUCAAUCACACAAAAAAUCGAAUUCAAACGUCUAGACGUACAUUGUUGAGCCCCUAUAUUGGAGGAAUUAAGUGUAAACCUACCCACAGAAUACUCUAUCCAAAAAAAACCAUAGUCAGAACGAACAACACAAUACACCACCACGAUUUGGCCAAAUUUGCCCAACAUUGUCAUGUAUUUGAUGAGGCGCGCUUCUUUAUUCGUCGAUGUCCCCUUCCUUCUCGGUUCUUGUAGAACAGCUCCCGUUUUUGUUUCGCGAUGAUACAAAAUUCCUGCCUAAGUUUAAUAUAGGUGCUUUUAACUGUAAA